GUGACCACUUGAGGGCGGUAGAUCGAGCUGCAGCUGGCUGUUCAACGCCGCCGCCUCUUUAGUCAACAACAUAGAAGUAGAACAAGGCACAAGCCUCACAAAGUCACAUGUUCAGAAACACCAAAAAGUUAGAGCUACAUCAUGGCGAAUACCGUCACCCAGAAGGAUAUUGAUGCGAGCUGCUCUCAACCUGAACCUUGUACAAAGGAUUUCAUUAUGCAGCAGACAAUGAUCAGAAUAAAAGACCCAAGAAAGUCGCUGGACUUCUACACUCGUGUGCUUGGUAUGAGACUUCUGAGGCAUUUUGACUUCCCAUCCAUGAAGUUCUCUCUCUUCUUCAUGGGCUACUGCAAGGAGGAAGACAUGCCGAAAGACGAGAAGGAGAGGACGCGAUGGACCUUCCAGCAACCUGCCACUGUGGAACUUACCUAUAACUAUGGAACAGAUGUUGAUGAUAGUUUCCAAGGAUACCACAAUGGCAACAAAGAUCCCAGAGGCUUUGGCCAUCUUGGGAUCUCGGUGCCCGAUGUUGAAGUUGCUUGCAAGAGAUUUGAGGAACUUGGUGUCAAUUUUAUCAAGAAGCCCAGUGAUGGAAAAAUGAAGAAUAUCGCAUUCAUCUCUGACCCAGAUGGCUACUGGAUCGAGAUUCUCUCGCCUAAUGACAUGGGGAAGUUGCUUAACUAGGGCCAUAUUUCACGGCACUGCUAGGACAUUUCACAGCGUAGUACUACAUGAAUGCUCGAGGGUGCUUGGGUAUUGUUGCAUCUCUCCAAAUUCUGCCUGUGAUGAUGAUUACAUGUUUUCUACUGUGCUUACUGAUAACAGAGAUUUUUGCUCUAAGCAGCACCUGGAUUUAAAGCCCGUUGUUGACUCACAGAACUCAUCAAUACCAAAGGACGAUCAGCAAUACAAGUGGAUUGAAUGAAUGCAAUAGAACAUGCAAGGCUUGCGACUUUGCAGUAAAGUUAUAUAGUGGGGUCCCGUAACGUGGCGCACUUUGACGUUUCCCUCGACUUUCCUCAUGCAGUGUUGCCAAACCUCUUUGUUGAUAAACUUCAAAUUCACUCAGUUAAUUACUGAUACUUUAACCUUAAUGAUGCUUGCUGUUGCAUUUUUGUGAACAAUUUCAUUGUUAUGAAAUUCAGUCCGAAAUUAAACAACGGUCGUCCGGAAAUCGGGCCAAAAAAAAACCCAGCCGAUUUUUUCUUAUGUGGCGCACUUGAAGUAACCUCUGAAAAUCCCAAGUUAACAUUGCAGAAUUUUUCGAAAGUUGAUUUAUUCUUAUUAACCAUUAUUAUCUCAACUCUAAAACUUAACUGAAAGUUUGUCAGAAAAUUAUUUUCUUACUUUUCGGCGUAUUUUAAAAGGGUUUACUUACAAGUAAGAUCAGAAAAUCACGUCAAAAUAAAUUUCUCUGUUAACUUUGUAACGGGUAGGUGAACUCAAGAUUUAUGAAUGGGAAUGUUAACAGCUUGAUGAAAUUUCACUUUUUGUCAAAUUUGAGAUAAAACUGCACAUGAUGUAGCUAGGCACUAGAGGCGAAAAUCAAAAUGCGCCACGUAACGUUAGGGGCCGCAUCACGUCAUCAGUGGACAUCAACAAUAUACACUGACUAGUCUAGCCACGGACUCCUUAAUUUGUUUGCCUUUUCUAAUGGUAAUGUGUGCGUUCAUGAUUAAUUAGAAGUGAAGGGCAAAUUUUAUUGGUCAUCUACUGCGCAUCCUUUACCUUGGGAGAUGGUUUUUGUUUUGGUGGCCUUAGAUUUGGUUCAAGCAUUAGUUACAAGAAGCUCGUAAAUGUGCUUUUAUAUAGUAAAUUGGCCACCAGUUAUGUGCUAUAACCAUGGAUUUGUGUAUUCAUUGAUUCCUUCACAUGGCAAUUGAUAUAACUUUUAUCUGAAAAGGUAAUAUAUUGAAAGGGACUCCAAAAUAAGAAUUAUAAAUCGCAGUGUAUUAAAAUGAUCAUGUUGUAAACCUUAAUACAACUCAUUCAAAAAGAAAUGUAUAUUUAAUGCUUCCAUUUCAAGGGUCAAAGCCAUGUAGAAUAUGAUACACAAAAAGAAUGCAAACUGCAUUUCAUUCAAAAAAUGAAUAUGAGUUUAUAAGUUUAUUAUGAGCAAGUCGAGUUUCGAUUUUUAAAGGUAACUAUUUUCGAUAAAAUAAAUACAACACUUUUACAUAUUU